GAAAAUAGGAACAGAAAUGACACAAAGUUAACCUUUAUAAUCUUUAUUUGCCGGUUUGGGUUAAAGCCGAGAUCUCUGGUUAAAGAACCUUUAAAAUCUGUGUAAAGAAAAUAAAAUGAGCCGUAGAUUGUUAAGUGCUUUACAAUAUCCUAAUGCGAAAGAUGUAGACUGUACAAAGAAUUUUAGACAAAUUGUUUCAUGGUUAAAUGAGAAUCAUAUUAAACGUCCAAAUAAAACAUUAAAAAAUGUGAAUUCUCAGGAUUGGGAUAAGGAUUUUGAACAAUAUAAAAAGGAGUUGGGUUGUCCCAUUUUUAAAACUAAUUUAGAGGAUUUGCAAUGGAUUUUGGGAUAUGCUAUACAAAAUGAAACUAUAAAUAAUAAGGAAAAAUAUAUCAAACAUGCUGUGGAAAAUUUAAAAAUCUGCAAUGUGCCUGAUGUAGUAACUGAAAAUCCUCUUGACAAACUUGAUUUUCAUUGCCCAGAAUUUGACACUGGCAUAAAGGAACUAGCCAAAGUUUUGGAUAUAACCCCACAUCCUGACCCACUAGUAACUUUAAAAUCAGUCAGAAAUGUUAUCUCAAAAAGACUCUCACCCAGUGCAGUGGAAAACCCAAAAGAACACAUAUUAACAGGUACCCCCAUUUCCUUUUCAAGAUGCUGAUCUGGGAUUUGACUUAAAAGACCCAAUUUUGAACCAAGCAGCCAAAAUUUUACGUAUGUUAUACAUUCACGAUUUAAGAGAUCUGCAAACUAAGGCCAACGAAUUGAUUGUCUCUGUGCAAAAUGUCACCGCGAAUCCAAAGACUGAUACUAAAUUAGGAAAAGUUGGUAGAUAAACUCAUAAAUUGCAAAAUAAAUAUAAUUAAAAUAA